AUGAUUAGAUAUCAUAUUGCAAUUCUUUCAAUAUUAGUAUAUACUAAGAAAAUUGUAACCGUUAAAGUCCGUUGCGUUAUUUACUCAGGAAAGAAAAUAAUUUUUUCGUUUAGGACAAAAAUUAUCGGUUUGGCGGAACAAAACCAAAUUAUGAUGGAAUAUACUACGCUGAAUAAUGAUUUUAAACAAAGAUUGAAGAAUGAAAACCGCUAUCAGGAUAAGAAAGAAGUUGGAGACAAAAAGCCGAAUUUCGAAUCAUCAACAUCCAGGAGCUGGAGUGCAGAAGAAUUAGAAAAUGACCAAGAUAAAUGGCAAGAUUGGAUAAAAAAAGCGCAAGAGAAAGGAUUAGUCUCACCGAGCAAGCCUACGAAUAAUAAUGACAGGAAAGAGAAGAAAAAGAAAAAGUGA